ACUUGCCCCCUCCCCCCUCGCCGCCGCCGCCGCCGCCGCCUCCUCGGCUCCUCCGCCAUCCGCCCAUCCCCCUCCAUUCCUCCUCGCCCCCCGCGCCCGCAGGUUUUCCUCUCUCCCAAGGCGGCCACCCCAGAUCCCGUCCUGUUCGAUCCACGCCUCUCCCGCUCAAAUCUCGGGGCGGGCCACCGUCUCCGCGGCCGCAUGCCGGGAUUGGCGCGAGAGCGCAUCAGCAGUCGCCGCAGCCGAGCAACCUGAUCUUCCCCCAUGGCCGGAUUCGGCGGGACGUGCAGGGUGGCAGCGGUGCUCGUCUUCACCGCCUGGAUCGCGCUCACGGCGCUCACCCGGCUGCUCCGCCCCGUCCCCAACGGCUGCGUCAUGACCUACAUGUACCCGACCUACAUCCCCGUCUCCACCCCCAAGAACGUCUCCUCCGACAGGUACGCCCUCUUCCUCUACCACGAGGGCUGGAAGCAGAUCGACUUCCACCACCACCUCAGCAACCUCAACGGUGUCCCGGUUCUCUUCAUCCCAGGCAAUGGCGGCAGCUACAAGCAGGUCCGAUCUCUGGCUGCUGAAUCCUUUCGAGCAUACCAAAAUGGUCCACUUGAGCCUACCUUUUAUCGGGAAGCAUCUACUGCAUUUUCAGUAAAUGAACUGGAGGGUUUUUCAAUCCCAUCAAGAUAUGGCCGUAUGUUGGAUUGGUUUGCUGUUGACCUUGAAGGAGAACACUCUGCAAUGGAUGGACGCAUACUUGAGGAGCAUACUGAAUAUGUUGUUUACGCCAUUCACAGGAUCCUUGAUCAAUACAAAGAAUCUCAUUUAGCACGAUCAAAGGGUCGUGCUCAAUCCUCUGACAACUUGCCAUCCAGUGUAAUUUUAGUUGGACAUUCCAUGGGUGGUUUUGUGGCUCGAGCAGCUCUUGUCCAUCCAGGCUUAAGGAAAUCGGCUGUGGAAACCAUACUGACACUCUCCAGUCCACAUCAGUACCCUCCCAUUGCUCUGCAGCCAUCUCUGGGUCAGUUUUUUUUGCAUGUCAAUGAAGAAUGGAGAAAUGGAUACAAGACAGGGUUAUCACGCACCAGCAGUGCAAAACUCUCAAAUGUUGUUGUUGUCUCUGUAGCUGGAGGCAUCCAUGAUUAUCAGGUUAGGUCAAAGUUAGCUUUGCUGGAUGGAAUUGUACCUUCUACUCAUGGUUUUAUGGUAGGGAGCUCAAGCAUGAAGAAUGUUUGGUUAUCCAUGGAACAUCAGUCUAUCCUCUGGUGCAAUCAGUUAGUUGUACAGGUUGCACACACACUUCUUAGUAUGGUAGAUCCUUUGAAUGGACAGCCAUUUUUGAGUUCACAAAAAAGACUUUUUGUAUUUGCAAAAAUGCUCCAAAGUGCAGUUCCGCAGUCUUUGAGUUGGGUGGCUCCUGUUUCAGGUGUUAAGCCUCCAAAUCUGAUUGCAAGUGGUAACAAGGAAGCUAGUGACUUGCAGCAAAAGGAUUCACUUUCUUGCCCUCCAUCUCUUCAAUGGACAAGUGAUGGCCUUGAAAAGGACCUGCAUAUUCAGUUAAAUUCAGUUACUGUUUUAGCAAUGGAUGGCAAGAGAAGAUGGUUAGAUAUUAAAAAACUGGGAUCAAAUGGCAAAGGGCACUUUGUUUUUGUAAGUAAUCUUUCUCCAUGUUCUGGGGUGAGGAUUCAUUUGUGGCCAGAAAAGGAUCAUUCAUCUGAACAAAAUGGAGUACCUGCCAGCAAAAAGAUAGUGGAAGUUACAUCAAAGAUGGUCCAAAUACCUGCAGGACCUGCACCAAAACAGGUUGAACCUGGGAGUCAAACCGAGCAACCACCUCCUACUGCAUUUCUUCUGCUUAGUCCAGAAGAAAUGAGUGGUUUCCGCUUCAUGACUAUCUCAGUGGCACCUCGACCGACAAUUUCAGGUAGACCACCUCCAGCGGCAUCUAUGGCAGUAGGACAGUUCUUUAAUCCAGAGGAAGGGACGAGUGCACUUUCUGCUGCCCGAAUUAUUGGCUCCAGCUAUAUUCCUGAAGAAAUAUUUUUGAAGGAGGACCACCCACUGGCUUUAAACUUGUCGUUUUCUGUGAGCCUUGGUCUUCUACCAGUUAUAUUAUCUUUGAGAACUGCUGGAUGUGGAGUAAAAGCUACUGGCGACCAAUUGGAAGCUGAGAAAAAUAAACUUUGUAAACUGCGGUGCUUCCCACCUGUUGCUUUGGCUUGGGACCCUGUAUCAGGUCUGCACAUUAUUCCAAAUAUUUACUCUGAGACUCUAGUGGUUGAUUCUUCACCUGCCCUUUGGGAUUCACAUCAAGGGACUGAAAGAUCUACUGUGCUUGUCCUGGCUGAUCCACAUUGCUCAUAUGAAGUGAGUCUUCGUGUUUCACUUAGUGCUGCAGCAAGCAGAUUCUUUUUGCUGUACUCAUCACAGAUUCUUGGUUUCAUGAUUGCUGUAAUGUUUUUCGGCCUGAUGCGGCAAUCAUCAGCAUGGGAACAUGAUUCUUCUGUGCCGUCUGUUUUGUCAGCUAUAGAGUCUAAUCUGAGGCUGCCUAGAGCAUUCAUGUUCCUUUGCUUCAUACCAGUUCUUCUUUUUCUUGCCUUUCUUGUUUUCACCAGAGAGCAAAAUCCUCCACUUGGAACCUUCCUGCUAGUUACCAUGAUGUGCUACAUAGUUGCUAAUGGCUUCACAAUUUUAUUGAUACUAAGUUCAAAAUUGAUUCUUUAUGUCGCUGCUAUUCUUCAUGUCUUCAUCAAGAGGCGCUGGCAAUCAUGGGAGGAUGGUACUCAAUCAAUGAUUGUUCGCCACUUCCUCACUCUCUCAUUACCAUUUCAGUCGCUAAAGAUUGUGCAGAUAAUUAAAAACAAUCCAAGUAUAAUUGUAGCAUUUGCUACAAUACCACUUGUCUGCUUAGUUCAUCCAGCAAUUGGUCUUGGUGUAUUACUUCUCUCACAUGCCUUCCAUGCACACUCCACCCUUUGCAGUUUCUUAGCAGCUUCAUUUCGCAGUAUCACUCAGAAAAAGGAUUUGUAUAAAUCCAUGGGUGAUAAUAUUAUUCUGCCCGAAAAUAAACAAGAUGGCCUCGAGCAACUUCUGCCGAUGGAUGAUAGCCCAACAUCUGUUAAAAGUUUUACUGACUGCCAAUUGGAAGUAUUUGACUGUCGGCAUGGGAUCAUGAUCUUGCACCUUCUUGCCACUCUAAUGUUUGCACCUUCUCUUGUUGCUUGGCUACAGAGAAUCGGAAUGGGUCAAAAUUUUCCAUGGUUUGUGGAUUCAGUACUUUGUGUUGGCACUAUUCUGCAUGGACUUUUCGGAUCACCACCAAAUGUGAGCUGUAUAUCUUUCAAGCUACCUGGAAGGAGAGGGCGAGAUGUUGGACUAAGCUUUCUCUACCUUGUAGCUGGAUAUUAUUCAUUUGUUAGCUCAAUGGCUCUGGCUCCUUAUAGGGCGCUCUAUGCAUUGGCAAUCAUCGGUUUCAUCUGCUUUGCUUCCAGAAUUAUUGAAACAAGAAGUACGGUAAGAGGUGAUGUUAUUUCUAGAAAACAUCGGAAGCAUUCAUAGGGACUAACAAAUGAGAAGUGUAUUUUAGAUAUGAAGUUGGAUACAUUAGUUUAUAAUAGCAGAUCGUGUUUUGGGGUUUAUGGUUGGAAACUGCAAAGCAUUGCUCUUGACACUAAGGCCAGUUUUGCGAGGGAAAUGAGGGUAUAUUUUUCUUUUCACUGUUGUGAAGGAGAUUUGAUGAGUCACUCAGAUGAUCUGGAUAUGUUGUAUCAUAGGUGGGGUUGAUUUGGGGGAAUUUUAAGCCCAUUGUUAUGAAAAGACGGAACCAGUAACUGUACAUUGUUGAAUGCCGACAUGAUAUAGUGGUUUUUUCAUGAAUGACAAUGGGUUCCUUACUUCCUUAGGGGGGAAAAGUGUGAAAUAUAUAUGGCAUUUUCAAGUGCUACAUUUUGUUGUA